ACCGUUUGUGUUUGUCCUUUAAAUUUGUUUGAAAAAGUUAUUCUACCUGCUCAGAAUAGUGUGACAUACUAAAAUCGUUCAUUGCAAAGCAAAACUAACUUCAACGAAAUUACGAAAAAAAACAUUUUUUUGAAACGACUGUGUGUUGCUGGAGAUAAUAUUGAAAAUGGAAACAAACAACGAACAUAUCGAUUCGUCGGCUCGCCGUUACCGUACUGCAUUCACUCGUGAACAGUUGGCGCGAUUGGAAAAGGAAUUUUACAAGGAAAACUAUGUAUCACGACCACGUCGCUGUGAACUGGCCGUUCAACUCGGUCUUCCUGAAUCAACCAUCAAGGUUUGGUUCCAAAACCGACGCAUGAAAGACAAACGUCAACGGAUUGCCGUUGCUUGGCCAUACGCAGCCGUCUAUGCUGAUCCAAAUUUUGCAGCCUCGUUGCUUCAGGCGGCAGCCAAUUCAGUCAGCAUGCCAUACUACGCACCCAACCCAAUGAUUCCACAAAUGCCAGUGAUUCCAUCGUCACAAAUUUCAGCGGCUGCAGCAAAUCCAUACACAUACGGCUACCGAUACUCACCAUACCAGAUUCCACAUCGAAACCCAACCAGCAUUCCACCUCAUUCACUCUCAUCACCAUUAUCAACACCCCCUAGCGGGCCAAUUUUUUCGAGAGGAGAUCUUGGAAAUGGUUUGAACAGCUCGUUUGGAAGUGAUUAUUUACAUAGCCCAAGCUCACCACUAUCUCCACUAUCUAUGUCACCUGUGUCAGAGAAAAAUUUCCAAGAUUCACAACCGCCCAUGCUCCAUCAAAUCAGUCACAACAACAAUAACAUCGGCGAAACAACGAUAAUCAAAUCGGAGAAGCCAAAAUUAUUCAAGCCUUACAAAUCGGAGGAAUGAAAACAUAUUUCUGUUCAUGAAAUUAUAUGACUUAAAUUGUGAAAAUGUGUCAUUUUCAACGUCUGCAUCAUAAUUAUUUCGUUGAUUCUGUAAAUAGUGUACAUUUAGUAUUGUUAAGUGUUUUUUAUGUUUUAGUAAAAUGCUUUAAAA